CUCGUAUAUUAUUCAUACAUAUAUAUAGUGCCCGGAUUUAUUGAUUACAUUCCUAGCUUUUCAUCAAUCUCCACUCCUCGAGCUGGCCGGCCGGUAGUGUCUAGAAGUGGUAAUGUAUUAAUGGAGUGGUGCAAGAAUUGCUAUGUAUAAUUAAGGAAGAAUAUAUUGAUUGAACAUCCAACAAAUAAAGCUUGCUACUCUCUCUGCCUUGCUACAUCUUUCAUCCCAUUCGCUCAAUCUACCUAAGCUAGCUCUACAAUUAAGCUAGGGAGACUCGCAGUUAGCUACAGUAACAAAUGGAAGAUGAACCACAAAGAGAGGUACGACACUUCCAGCUGCUGCCGGCCGCCGCUACUAAAACUGCUGCCGCCUCGACGUACCACGCGCAGCCCUGGCACUCCGAAUCACUGGGACUGAUGAAAUCUCGACCGUCCAUCGACGCGUUCGAGGGCCCGUCUUUAGACCUGCAGCUGUCAAUAAGCGUCAGGCCGUUGAUGAAACCACCGCCGGAGAAGGCAUACAACAAGGACGCCGUGACUUUCGACGUCGGGUACUUGGAGGCGCUGAGGUGGCAGGCGGCUGAGCAAAUUCGGCUGGCGGCCAUGGAGAAAGCCUACGCGGAGCGCGUGAGGGAGUUGACGAGGCGGGAGAUAGAGAUGGCGCAGUCGGAAUUCGCGCGUGCAAGGAGCAUUUGGGAAAGGGCGCGUGAGGAGGUGAUGAAGGCCGAGCAGCUCCAAGAGAGAGCGACGUUGAAGAUCGAUUCUACAUGCAUGGAAAUUACUUGUCAUUCUUGCUCCCAAAAAUUCUAUGCCAAAAAAAAUUAAAUUUGGACCAUCAAUAAAUUGAUUUUGAAAGUCAUAAAUCUCAAUUUUCUUUUUGUUUCCCACAUACUAUAGUUCGUUUUACUUCGUUACUUUGUUUGUGGAGAUCCAAUAAUGUUGUGAAAGCUUAAUUUGGUAUUUAUGUGAUACGUACUAGUCAACUUUGGUAUUUAAGUGUUGAUAUUUUUGUACAAUAGUGUUUAUUUUAAGAUGCAAUCGCGUUAUCUAGCGACAGAGUCUAGCAGGUGUACAUCUAGG